UUUCAAAAUUGUUUAUUCAACAAAAUAUGUAACGUCAUUAGGCCUCAUUUUUAAUUCAAAGUAAACACUUGUUUAAUUUUUAUUUAUUUAUUAUAUUUGUUUUCAUCCAAAAUGUUUUCCAACAGUGGUUCAUAUAGUAUCUCACGUGCCUGCAAAUAAGUAAUUACAUGAAGUUUUUCAGAAAAAUAUUUUUGAUUAAACAACCAAUCGUUUAGUUCGAAAAAAGAAACGUUCUGGUUUAGGAACUAAAUCAUGAGCUUGGAAUUAAAUUGUUUCAGAAAACUAUAUUUUUGGUAAUUGUUUAAAUGUUUAAAGUUUUGUUCACUUCACCAGACGAUGAGUGUUAAAUUUGCUAAAACUAUUGUAGAAAAUACGAUCGCAAAAAAUAAAUACGUUUUAAAUGAAAUCAGUCAAAAAAUAUGGAAAACUCCAGAGUUAUCUUUUGAAGAAAAAGAGGCCCAUGAUUUGUUAACAGGCUUUCUACAGAAACAUGGCUUUAAAGUUCAAAAACAUUACCUACUGGAAACCGCAUUCAAAGCCGAAUAUGAAACUGGUGGAGGAGGUCCGACGAUAGCAGUUAUUUGUGAAUACGAUGCUCUACCAAACAUCGGUCAUGCAUGUGGGCAUAAUUUAAUAGCUGAGAUAGGCCUAGCAGUUGGCCUAGCAGUUAAAGCCUACCUAGAUUGUGAUACUGAUGUUGUGGGAAAAGUAGUUGUUUUAGGUACCCCAGCAGAAGAAGGUGGAGGUGGAAAAAUAAAAAUGAUUGAAAGAGGAGCAUUUAGGAAUGUUGAUGCUGCUUUGAUGGCCCAUCCUCAAGUCGAGAAUAGACUGUAUCCUCUUAUUCUAGAUCUAGCACGAAUGUCUGUAAAAUACAGAAUUAAGGAAGGAACUGAUCCGUGGUGUAAUUCGAAUGCUGUUGAUGCAUGCGUGAGCUGUUAUAACAAUGUUGCCAUCAUGCGAAGCUCUUUAAAAUCAAAAUGGAGAGUAAGCGGAAUCAUCAAGUGUAAAAAUUGGGACGAAACUGAACUGUCGUUUAGCUACAGAGCCCCUACUCGCAUGGAACUAAGAAUGAUACAAAAGAAAUUAAAAAAAUGUGUUCAAGCUGCUGCAGACACAACGAAUUGUCUUUAUGAGAUAGAUUUCCAUCAAGAAUCUGCUCGAUCUGAGUACAGGGGCAUGGUGGCCAAUAGGACUAUGGCUGAAUUGUUUGCAAAACAUGCUGAAACAAAAGAAAUCAAGUUUAGAGAUGGUGAUAUGCGCAUAUGUGAAUCCGCUGCAUCCACCGAUAUGGGCAACGUGUCCCAUGUUGUUCCAAGUAUUCAACCGGAAUAUUCCAUUGGAGCUGGCCCUCAUGUUAACCACACCCCAGGAUUUGCAAUAGCAGCUGCAGAUAUAAAAGCACAAAUACCAACGCUGCAUAUCGCUGAGUCUCUUGCCUUGACUGUAAUAGAGCUGAUGUCUAAUCCUGAACUUCUGCAGAAAGUUAAAAUGGAAUAUGAAACAAACCCUCAUAUUGAUCCAGUUGGAUCACAUCGAUUUGCAGGUGAAUGAUUUAAUAAUUUACUUUUGGAUUUCCAAAAAGACAGAACUCUGUACUAGAAUACGAAACUCAGUUUAUAAGUUGAAAGUGAUAUUUUUAUAGAUUCUUAAAAAGACUUUAGAAAGAAAAUCAUCGUUUAAGAAGCAUUGUUGUUUUCUUUGAAUAAAAAUUAUACGAGUAA